ACCCCGCCGGCCAGGGGAGCCGGGCAGGGCGAGCGGCGCCGGCGUCAUGUGACAGCGCGGCCCGGUGCCAGGAGCCCCGGGGGGGAAGGCGGGCGGAGGGCGGGAGGCAGGGCGGCGGGCGGGCAGCUCCUCCUCGCACACAGACCCGGAGCCGCCUCAGCCGCGGGGACGCGGGACACGCCGGUCCUCGCGCCUCGGUGACGCCGCAGCCCCCGCCACCCAGCGCGACCCCCGGCACUGCGGGAGCCGAACGGAGGCCCGGCGCCCUCCGCACCGCCCGCCGACCAAAUCCAGAUAACAAGAAGUUUUUGGCCACACAGUUUUGGUUCAGUAAAUGUAGAACUGAAGAUUGAACAGGGUUUACAGGGGCUCCAUUUUUCCGUGGUAGAGGAGACAUUUUCUUAAUCACUGCAAGAACAUUUUUGCCCAAAAUUUUUACAUAUAGGAAAGCCAUUUCCAGGCCACAUCAGAGGCAUCAGAACAGCUGAAUAAAAAAGAUGCUAAUGUUUGACCCAGUCCCUAUCAAGCAAGAAGCCAUGGAGCCUGUUUCAGUGUCAUACCCGUCCAAUUACAUGGACCAAAUGAAGCCAAACAAAUACAGCGUCAUUUAUUCAACACCGAGUAUGUUGCAUAGUAAAUUCUACUCAAACCCAGAAGGACUAUCAAAUGGAAUCCAGAUGGAGCCAGUAGACCUUACAGUGAACAAACGGAGCUCACCACCUUCAACUGGAAGUUCUUCCCCGCUAAAAUUUCAGACUGUGCAUAGGAGAACUUCACCUGCAUUGACUCUGUCCUCACCCAGCUCACCUCUCAGUAAAUUCACACCGUCACCCCCAGGAGUACAGCCUAUUUCCAUGCCCAUAACAAUCCCACCUGUAAUGGCUGCUGCUCUUUCACGCCACGGACUGAGGAGCCCUGGAAUUCUCCCGGUUAUACAGCCUGUUGUGGUCCAGCCGGUUCCUUUUAUGUAUGCUCCCCAUCUUCAGCAGCCCAUCAUGGUGUCCACAGUUCUUGCAGAUGAGAUGGAAACUCCAAGUAGCAUGCAAGUGCCUGUCAUUGAGUCUUAUGAGAAGCCUACACUGAAGAAAGCAAUCAAAGUAGAGCCAGGGAGUGAACCAUCAAAGACUGACUUCUAUCCUGAACAAAUGUCACCCCCAUUGAUGACCUCAUUGUCUCCUCAGCAAGUAAUGUUGCAAGAGAAUCACCCUUCAGUUAUAGUUCAGCCAGGAAAGAGACCUUUACCUGUGGAAUCUCCGGACACGCAAAGAAAACGCAGAAUACAUCGCUGCGAUUAUGAAGGCUGCAACAAAGUCUACACUAAAAGCUCCCAUCUGAAAGCUCACAGAAGAACCCAUACAGGUGAAAAACCGUACAAAUGCACUUGGGAGGGAUGCACAUGGAAGUUUGCUCGUUCUGAUGAACUAACGCGGCAUUUCCGCAAGCACACAGGAAUCAAACCUUUUCAGUGCCCAGACUGUGACCGCAGCUUUUCACGUUCGGACCAUCUUGCUCUUCACAGAAAGCGCCACAUGCUAGUCUGAAUGUCUUCUGUCCCUGACUCCUGUCACACCUUUUUUUUUUUUCACACAUACCUUUUAGUUUGGAUUCAGCUGGUCUGAAUCUUGGAGUUUAUACCAUUAAAAGCUUAUCUAUGGUCAGUAACAGAUGUUAUCUAACCCUUCUAUGUCCUUGCCACGGGUCAGACCUAAAGAAUGUGAACACUUUUCUUUUUUUUUCUCCUGGGGAUGCUAAGCAAACCCUUUCUGCAGACAGUAUGUUUAAUGUAUUCCAUUGUGAAUAAGGGAAUUUGUAAACUAACAGCUUUUGUUAGUUUCUUCAUAUAAUCAACCCAGCAUAUCCUGAUAAAGUAGUAAAUGUUACUGAAUAUCCAAAAUGCUAGUCCUUGCCAGAGACUUCUAUUUAUGUGCCCUGUAAGGGAUACACUCUCAUUUUAUGCUCAACAAUGCAAUGAAUGGACUCUCCCAACCGUGUUGAUUUCUGCAAUAUGGUUAAUAGUUUUAGAAAGGCACCCGAUUCAGAAAUCCCCUCUGCCUGAACAGUGAGUAACACUGUAGAAAUAAAUCUAAGCAAUAUAAUUACUUUACAGAAAGAUUGAGUUACAGAAAGAUCAUUUACCCCAGUCAAGAAGAAAAUUGGCAGGAAUUGGUCAAUACAUAAUACUGUGCAUCUAAACCAAUGUAAUCUGUCCUCUGUAUUAUAGUGUAGUAUAUAUCCUUGUUUUUAUUGCGUAAUGCCCUGGUGGAUUUGUUAAAUGAAGACUUUGUGUGACACUGUAUGUCUGGUUUCUGUGCAAGUGUAUGGAUGGAACACACACGGUACCCUCCUCUGACGUGGCAUUAAAUGGUAUUCAUAGAAGCCUACCACACCUCAUUGCAGGGAUAUAGACUAUCCCUCUACAAUCACUCCCCUACAUUUCCUCUAAAGAAUUUUUUCUCUUUGCUGUACCUCAGAAAAUAGCAAUCAUUAUGUGAAAAAUGCUCCAAACUGUAUUGUUUGCAAGUGAGUGCCACUUUAAUACACUACAGUAUUUAAAAUUAUUAAUCCACAAUGUUUUUAUGAGAAGAUGGCAUCAGAUGUGAAGCACUUCUCAUGAUAAAUUGAGUCAUGUAUCUGUUUUGGAUAAAGACAAAUACCAAUUCAUCCACUCGAUAACUCUUGAUUUGUGACUCUGGUAGUAGUAGGUGGGUAAAGUUUCCCUGUGGAUGUUUCUGUUGCAGUAAAAUACCACAUCAGCAAGUCCUAACUCCCAUGUCAUUUAGCAAACACAAUUUGAUAGAUAAAAUAAACUGAAUGCAAGCAACCUGCAGUUGACCCUAGAAAUGUUCCCGUCUCUGGAAGCCCACUGCAAGGAAGGUUUAUGUCUUUCUUAGCUGGCAGACUUUGUGGCACUGCAAGGAAACAGGAUGUAUUUCUUGAGGCUCUUAGCACCAGGGCGUUUUUCUUCUUUCCCCUACAUAAGGUAAACAUCAUGAAGCAUACUGAAAUCAGAUUUUCAUUUCUCUUGGAAAAACUCACUGGAAGAUGGAGGGGUGAGAGGCGGAGGAGUUUCCUAAAACUCUCCAGGAGGAGUCAGGUGGAGUGUCCAUCUGGGGGUGGGUGUGUUUGAGCUCAUGGAGCAGGUAGGCUGUGCUACACCCUGUGGAGUCCAAUGGCAACCUAAAAGAAUCCUGCAGAUGCAAGAGUUUGAGUGCCAGAGAGCCUUCCCUUGGUGAUAGGAGUUUACCAGCUGUUCUGCUGACAUCCACAUGCUCCUAGAGUGAGAGGAGAGGAUCUGUCCUCCUUGGAGAAAAACGCUCCUGCAGCGAUUGCUGUGAAAUACGAAGUACCGUUCCAGUUGUUUAACAAAUCUUACAUGUGGGAAUACGGAACUGGCGAUUUUAUUUAAAGAAUAGAGCCCCGAACAUGUGCUCUACAAAGGGGAGCACUGGGGCUUGCAAAGCAGGGCUGGGAACGUUGCUGCAAAGCUUUUGUGAGGAAGAUCUGUACGCUCUGUUGCGGCACCAUGCAUCCUCACCGCUCCGCUACGACCGAGGGAAGUUACACCAGACCUGUCUUGUAACGCCCUCAUCUGCUUAUCUAUGGAGCUGAAAAACCUGGGAGAUGAAUCGAUCUUGGCUAGGACACUGAGGAACUUGCAGGGAAGACAAUUAUAGUAAUGAGCAGCUGUUCUGGAAUGAGAGUUUUUGUUGGAUAUUUUUAUUGUCCGUGGUAGCAGCAUUGGCCUUCAUCAGGCUCUGAACUGACUGAGAGGCUGUGUGGAGCCCCGGUAGCAUCAGUCAUAAGUCUACAGACAUUUAGUAUCCUGGGAUUAAAACAAUUCUCUAUUAUAUGCUAGGGAAAAAAAAAACAGAUGAGAUCCUAUAAAAACAAGCAGCUUAAUGGCAACUGGUCCCAUUCUUAGCUUAACAAAUGCAGAAGCAUAAAAUUUGGGGUGGAACAUUUCUUUCCAGUGCUCUGUUUCUUUUUUAAAGCUUUCACAAAAUAUUUUCUUUAUUUUUUUUUAAUUUAGAAAUCUAAAAUGAAGUACCCUAAAAGGAGAACAUCUUCAUAACUAUGAGUUACUUUGGAGAAUUUAAUCUAGGUUAUUUGCCAUGUUCAUUCAUUAGCCUGUGUAACUUUCUCCUGAAAAUAUACUAAUUGUGGGAACAAAUACAGUGAAGAUUCAAUAGAACUUUAAAAUAUCUUUAUUCAUGUGCCUUGUGAUUUAGGACAACAGAAAUUUAAAUAUUAAAUAUUUGAGAUUAUUUCAUGUAAAUGCCUUGCUUAUAGGAUUUUUCACUUGUGUCUGUGGUGUCUUUUUGUGAAAUGUCAAAAAAGUCACAAACACGUAAUGUGAAUUUACAUCUUAACUGGCUCAUUGAUUCACUUUAGCAAACUGAUUUGAGGGAUAUCUUGUAAUUUUUAAAUAUACACAAUAAUUUUUAAAGCCAGUCCUUCCAUCUUUACCCUAAAGAGAAGCCAAUUCAGAUAUAAACAGAAAACACCAAUCCUGCAGAACGUAUAUUUUUAAAAGCCACCGUUUUCCCCAGCAGUAAUGCACUGUGCAGUGUGUAACAGGUAAUACUGUUUUACUGAAAUGGGCCUGUUUAAGUUUCCAAGACAAUCACAAAAAGCUAAAAAGGUAUUAAUGUGUGUGGGGGGGUAUAUUUAAAUAUACACUGCCAUUCUGCCGUGAUAUUUCUAAUGCCACAUCUUGUCCAAAUACAUUGUUGUCUCUGUCAAGGUUAGCAACAUUUAGAUGAAUAAAAAACCUUUCUAUAAAAAAUUACAAAGCAUUUUACAUACCUUAAGGGGUCUACACCAGUUUUCAUUGUAUUUUACAGAUACUAGCACUUUUUAAAAAUUUACUUUAAAUAUUAGAGGGUCAAAAUAAUCUUUCUGCUUAGCAUCUCUUACCUGCAAAUAUAGCAGGGAUAUUAUAUUUACUUUAAUACUUGUAUAAACUAUACAGAAAUUUUUUAAUAAAAUGUAAUAUAUUUUAUAAGCUAAUAAGACUGAAUGGGUAAUUAAAGGUUUCUAGUGUGCAUUACUAUAACUUACAGAGACAUUUUGGUAAUCUUUUCUUACUAAAGAUGUGAAUGUUUAAUGUACUUUCACUGUUUCUACUUUGGUAGUCCAAUGGGAAUUCAGUAAUGACAUUUUGUCAUGUCAAACUGUGAACAUAAAUUUGUACUGUACAGUCCUCAUACUAUAUUUAGUAUACAAUGCCUAUGUAUUAUACUUGUUAAUAAAACCCUCAGAAUAUU